UAUGGAUUAAAUGGUCUCGAGAUUCGAUUUUGCCUAGAAAAAUCAAUUUUGUUUCAUUGUUUGGUAGUUACAAAUUUUUUAAAGUAAAACCAAGGUUGUCGAUCGUGUCACUCACUGUCCUAUAAAUGAGGUGACAUUCUCCUUUGCAUGCAGUACGCUGAGACUCCAACUUGAAGGAUUAUCUUUAUCUUCUUUGUUGUUUCAUUUUCCUUUCUUGUUGCCAAAAAUGUUGUUGUCGAAAGUGCUUAGGGGUGCUGCAGGGAAGCUGGAACGGAGGCCAGCUGAGGCACCCAAAAGUUUGAGUGACAUAGUGCUCACCUUAGCAGAAGCCAUGAGGUUUGGUUAUGCCGAGACACUUGGCAAGUGGCACCUCUUAGACUUACCAAGAGCAAUCCUUUACUCUAUCACCGACAAGCGUAAGAAAACAGUUGCAAUGGAAUGUGAUGAAAGAACUGAUUGUAUACAACUGAAGGACCCCGAAAUGUUGAAGGACUUAUAUGAGCUCAAAAAAUGCUUGACACGGACCAUGCUUUUCAGCAAAACAAGGUUUCGUGCCUUUUUAUCUGUUGCUGGAUUUACCAAGGAAGAUGUCCUCCUAAGGAAGAGAAGAGCUCGGAUUCUAAAGCCAGCUUUCACAGUUAUACGUGAUAGAGAAUCAAAAUGUUUGUUGGUGUUCAUCCGUGGAACUCGUAGCCUAAAAGACACGUUAACAGAUGCAAUCGGUGCCCCCGUGUCCUUCAAGCACUUCAUUUGCAGUGAUGGUGUGCUGAAGAGGAGCAACAUGGUUUCAGGACAUGGACACCGUGGUAUGGUUGCUGCAGCUCGUUGGAUUAAAGAACGCUGCACUCCAAAACUACUCGAUGCUCUUCUUCAAAACCCUGGUUUCCAAAUCAAGGUCAUCUCUUAUUCAAUGAAAUACACAGUCGUUGGGCACUCGCUUGGUGGUGGUACUGCUGCACUCUUGACAUUUAUGCUUAGAGAAAUAAAGCAGUUCUCUUCAUGCACCUGUGUCACGUUUGGCCCAGCUGCAUGUAUGUCAUUCGAGUUAGCGGAAUUCGGAAAGCCUUUUAUCACUUCCAUUAUAAAUGGUUAUGACAUGGUGCCUACACUGUCAGCUUUUUCUGUUCAUGACUUCAUUGUUGAGGGUCGAAUUAAGCGCAAAAAAUUCAUAACUGCAAUUGGAUCUCAUAUACCAUUUGCAUCUAGUGCGAAAGCCAUCGCAGAUCGUACAAUAUCCCGUGGCACCCAGGUUGUGAUGAAGCAUAAACGAAGAACUCGCUCACUAUUACUUUCGUCUCGACGUGAGAACAAUGUUGUAUUGUCAAACUCUAAAUCAGAUAACUUGGCAGAAGCUUCACGACCAACCAAUACAAAUUAUGAAGUUGUUGAAGAGAUAAUAAUCUCAGAGUAUACAAGUGAUGAAGAUGGAUCUAAAUCCUCUAGUGAAGGAUCUGACCUUGAUGAUGAAGAGGAACAAAUCAUAUCUGCUGCUCAGAAAAUUACUACUCCCACUAUCUCUGACGAUGAAUUGUUGAAUCAAUUUAAGGACAUUGAACUAGAGACACAAGAUGAUAUCCCUAGUGUUCAUGCCAAGGAAAAAGAAGAAGCCAUGACCAAAGACAUCACUGAAGAAGAGAGAUUCAAUGACCAAGUUGUUCAUAUCGAAGAAAGUGUUGGCGUAGUCCCAACAAGUUCAGACAACUCAGGUACACAUCCUCUUUAUCCUCCAGGAAGGAUCAUGCAUAUUAUCCCUGCAUCUUUAUUUGCAAAUUCUAAUUCAAACCAUCAUGAUCUUGAGAAACAUGUCUACUUAUAUGAAACACCUAGACAACUGUAUGGAAAGCUCAGACUUUCAAGAGGGAUGAUACUUGAUCAUAUGACAAGCAAGUAUUUGAAGGUGUUAGAGCAACUAAUCAAUCAACUAGAGAAAGAGAAGCUCCAAUAUGAUGGAUGAUGAGACAAAGAGUCAAUAGCAAGAAAUGGAGUGAUAUUCAGUACUAAUUGGCUUGUGGAACCUUAAAAACUCUUGAUUAUGGAACCUUAGAACCUCUUGAUUGUGGGACCUUAAAACCUUUGAGUUUUUUUUUCUUUAGUUAUCGUGUUUGUUGUGUGUAUUAAUUGUAAUUCUUACUAAGUCUCAGCCUAUAGCACGUUAUAACGACUUGUCAAUAAUGAGACUUAGUUUGGUGCUUGUGUGUUUUGGUGGAGAAAUUAUUAGGUGGUUUUCAAGCACAAAAUUUCUAAUUAGUCUCUAUAAGUGUUGUGUAUUGAGGUGACUACUCAUGUCUCUACAAUAAUAAGAUAUUAUUUGAUUUGAA